CAAGAACCCCACUUAAAGCUACUGUUCCAACUUUAAUAGUUAAGAAAGAUGCAAUUCAUUUUUGCAGCCAAAAGUAAAAUAUAUAUCAUGAGGAAAAGCAGCCUAAUAUUUCAUACGAUAUCAUUAAAUAGAGUUUGAGUUUGUUGAGCUCAAUGCACAAGACUCUUAUUUUAGUUUCACUUUUAACGAAUCAGGAAACGAAAGCAGCCUAUACGAUCUUACGAACCCGUUAAGUUUAAGAUCAUGUUUUCUCAUAAAGUUAAAAAAAUCUAAGGUUUAAGAAGUGAUUAUGGAAACCCGACCUGACGAGAAUGCUGUAAACCAUUCGACCACUCUGACGAAUAAACAGCGUGGGAAUGAGGUCACAGUCCGACCGGCCACUUUAGACAACCUCUCAAUUCAUCAGCUGGCAGCCCAUGGGGAGAUUUCACAGCUGGAGGUACAUUUGUCCAAAGACAGCUCUCUGCUUAACAGUCAAGAUGAGCGAGGUUUCACACCACUAAUGUGGGCUGCUGCAUUCGGAGAGAUAAUGAUGGUGGAGUUCCUCCUUCAGAAGGGAGCAGAUCCGAGAACAGUGGCUCGGGAACGAGAAAGUGCCCUGUCUUUGGCCAGCGCAGGAGGAUUUGCAGACAUUGUUAAUAUUCUCCUACAACAUGGCGUUGAUAUCGAUUCCUAUGACUGGAAUGGUGGGACCCCUCUUCUGUAUGCAGUUCGCGGGAAUCACAUAAAAUGUGUUGAAGCUCUCUUGAGAUGUGGGGCAGAUAUCACGUUUGAGGCAGACUCUGGCUACAGUCCUGUUGCUCUCGCCGUCGCAUUGGGCCACAAGAAAGUGCAAAAACUGCUUGAAGAUCAUAUUUUGAAGCUGUUUCGGGGACCAGUUUCAGUGUCUGACGACACAUGAAGCAGUGGACUGCUCUUUCAAGACUUUAUAAUUAUCCUGCAUAGUUUAUUUUGACAUGGGAC